AUGGCUAACAAACACAAGCUUACAACUUCUCAGCGUAAAGACCUUCGUCGUAAAGAAGAACAAGCUUUGAAAGAUCUAGAGCAAAGAAUCCAAGACUAUGAUCCAAAACUUCAAAAAGUCUCACAAUUCAAAGAUCUACCAAUUAGUCCAAAUACUUUAAAAGGUCUGAUAGAGGCAAGUUUCGUCUCUAUGACUGAUAUUCAGAAGGAAUCCAUACCCAUUUCAUUGAAAGGUGAAGAUGUUUUAGCAGCUGCUAGAACUGGUUCUGGUAAAACUUUAGCAUUUUUAAUCCCAGUUAUUGAAAAAUUAUACAGAUCUAAAUGGACUGAGUUUGAUGGUUUAGGUGCCUUGAUUAUUGCUCCAACUAGAGAAUUGGCCAUUCAAAUAUUUGAUGUUUUGGUGAAGAUUGGUAAAUAUAAUUCUUUUUCCGCUGGUUUAGUCACUGGUGGUAAAGAUGUUAAUUUUGAAAAAGAAAGAGUUCCAAAGUUGAAUAUUUUGAUUGGUACUCCUGGUAGAAUUUUACAUCAUAUGGAUCAAACUGCUGGGUUUGAUACUACAAAUUUACAAACUUUGGUUCUGGAUGAAGCUGAUAGAAUUUUGGAUAUGGGGUUUAAAAAAGAUUUGGAUAAUAUAGUGUCCAAUUUACCACCAACUAGACAAACACUUUUAUUUUCAGCUACCCAAUCAAAAUCCGUUUCAGAUUUGGCAAGAUUAUCAUUAACAAAUCCACAAUAUAUUGGUGUUAAAGAAACUGAACAAGGAGUUGCUACGCCGGAUUCUUUAACUCAAUCUUACAUCACAGUUAAUUUGGAAGAUAAACUAGAUACAUUAUUCAGUUUUAUUAAAACACAUUUGAAAUCCAAAAUCUUGGUUUUCUUUUCAUCUUCAAAACAAGUGCAUUUCGUUUAUGAAACUUUUAGAACAAUGCAACCUGGUGUUUCAUUAAUGAAAUUACAUGGUAGACAAAAACAAACUGCAAGAACUGAAACUGUCUAUAAAUUUUCAAAAGCUCAACAUGUCUGUAUGUUUGCAACAGAUGUUGUUGCAAGAGGUGUUGAUUUCCCAGCUAUUGAUUGGGUUAUUCAAGUUGAUUGUCCAGAUUCUGUGGAUACAUAUAUCCAUAGAGUUGGUAGAGCUGCAAGAUUUGGUAAAACUGGUAAAUCUUUAUUAAUGUUGACUCCAUCAGAAGAAGAAGGUAUGACCAAAAGAUUAGAAACAAAGAAAAUCGAACUAAAUAAAUUAAAUAUCAAACAAGCAAAGAAAAAAUCUAUCAAAUCACAAAUGCAAGCACUAUGUUUCAAAGACCCUGAAAUCAAAUAUUUAGGUCAAAAGGCAUUCAUUUCAUAUGUUAAAUCUAUUUAUAUACAGCAAGAUAAAGAUGUUUUCAAACCAGAAGAAUUGGCUGUUGAAGAAUUUGCAAAAUCGCUUGGUUUACCAGGAGCUCCAAAGAUUAAGAUAAAAGGUGGUACCAAAAACAAGGAGCUAAAAAACACAUCAAGACAAUUAUUAGCAUUGUCAAAAGCAAACGAAGAUGGUGAGUUUGAAGAAGAUCAAUCCAAGAAAGUUCGUACCAAGUAUGAUCGUAUGUUUGAACGUAAGAAUCAAAAUGUUUUAUCUGAACAUUAUUUGAAUAUCAAUGGGAAUGUUCGUAAUCAAGAUGAAGAUGAAGAUGGUGAAGAUUUCAUGUCAAUUAAAAGAACUGACCAUGUGUUGAAUGAAGGAGAAUUACCAGAAUUGUCUAUCCCAACUUCUAAAAGAGCUGCAAAAAGAGCAUUAUCAAAGAAACAAUCAUUGAAUGAAAAGGGUAAUCCAUCCAAAUUGAUCUUUGAUGAUGAAGGUAAUCCACAUCAAAUUUAUGAAUUUGAAGAUGAAGAUGAUUUCCGUAAAGCUGGUGAUGCAGAAACCCAGAAGGCUGAUUUCAUUAGUAAAGAGUCUGAAGUUUUGAAAAAGAGAGAUUUAGAUGAUAAACAACUUGCAAAAGAGAAGAAAUUGGAAAAGAAACGUAAAAGACAAGAAGCUGAAAGAAGAGCUAAGGAAGAAGAUGAAUAUUCUUCUGGGGGUGAAGAUGAACCUGUUGUGUAUUUGGGUGCACCGGACGUUGAUUUGGAUAGAGAUAUGGAACACUCAGGGAGUGAAGGUGAUUCAUCAGAUGAACCUCCUUCAAAGAAGGCUAAAUGGUUUGACAAUAAUAAGGUUGGUGGUAGAGAAGCUGAACAGCAUCAAAUCUUGGAACUUGAAGAGCCUGAGACUAUUGAAGAUCUUGAAGCCUUGACUGCCAGACUUAUUUCUCAAUGA